CAGCGGGCGCCCCUCCUCGCGGGGGCCGGGCGCGCGGGGAAAGAAGCGCUGACUGCGGUGGGAGGCGGCGGCGACCCUGGCACCGAGGAAGCAUGGCUGAGUAUUCGCGGUUGCGGAGCUGCCUGGCGCUGAUUCGCCUCCGAAACCCACCGCUCAACCCAAUCAGCAUAGCUGUCUUCAAUGGAUUAAAAGAGGGACUACAGAAAGCUAUAACAGACCCUACAGUAAAAGCCAUUGUGAUUUGUGGAGCAGAUGGCAACUUCUCUGCAGGUGCUGAUAUCCAUGGCUUCAGUGCUCCUGUUAAUUCUAAGUUCACAUUAGGAAAUUUAGUAGAUGAAAUGCAGAGAAGUGAGAAGCCCCUGGUGGCAGCAAUCCAAGGCAUGGCUUUAGGAGGCGGACUAGAGCUGGCCCUGGGCUGCCACUAUAGGAUUGCCCAUGCAGAGGCUCAAGUUGGCUUCCCAGAAGUCAAAUUAGGACUUCUUCCUGGUGCAAGAGGAUCCCAGCUUCUCCCCAGGCUCAUUGGAGUUCCUGCUGCCCUUGAUUUAAUUACCUCAGGAAGACAUGUUUUGGCAGAUGAAGCACUCAAGCUGGGUAUUCUAGAUGAAAUUGUCAACUCAGACCCAGUUGAAGAAGCAAUCAAAUUAGCCCAGAGAGUUUUAGAUCAGUCUCUAGAGUCCCGUAGACUCUUCAACAAGCCAGUGCAGAGCUUGCCCAACAUGGACUCUAUUUUCAGUGAAGCCCUUCUGAAGAUGCGGAAGCAGUACCCUGGGUGCCUUUCUCAGGAGACUUGUGUCCGUGCAGUCCAGGCUGCCGCACAGUAUCCCUAUGAGGUGGGCAUCAAGAAGGAGGCGGAGCUGUUUAUGUACCUUCGGCAAUCGGGGCAGGCUAGAGCCCUGCAGUAUGCUUUCUUGGCUGAGAGGAAUGCAAAUAAGUGGUCAGUUCCCUCUGGAGCAUCCUGGAAAACGGCGUCGGCAAGGCCCAUCUCCUCAGUGGGCGUUCUCGGCUUGGGAACAAUGGGUCGAGGCAUUGUCAUUUCUCUUGCAAAGGCCAAGAUUCCUGUGAUUGCCGUAGAAUCAGACAAGAAGCAGCUAGAAACUGCUAACAAGAUAAUAACCUCCUUCUUUGUAAGGGAAGGCUUGAAAAUGCAGCAGAGUGGCCACACUUGGUCAGGACCAAAACCCAGGUUAACUACAUCUUUGAAGGAGCUUAGUAGUGUAGAUUUAGUCAUUGAAGCAGUAUUUGAGGAAAUGAAUCUGAAGAAGCGGGUCUUUGCUGAACUGUCAGCUGUGUGCAAGCCAGAAGCUUUUUUGUGCACCAAUACAUCAGCCCUGGACAUUGAUGAGAUUGCUUCAUCCACUGAUCGUCCUCACUUGGUCAUUGGCACCCAUUUCUUCUCACCAGCUCAUGUCAUGAAGUUGUUAGAGGUUAUUCCCAGCCGAUACUCUUCCCCCACUACUAUUGCCACUGUUAUGAACUUAUCAAAAAAGAUAAAAAAAUUUGGAGUAGUUGUAGGCAAUUGUUUUGGAUUUGUUGGGAAUCGAAUGUUGAAUCCUUAUUACAAUCAGUCGUAUUUCUUGUUGGAAGACGGCAGUAAGCCAGAGGAGAUUGAUGAGGUGCUGGAGGACUUUGGUUUCAAAAUGGGACCUUUUAGAGUGUCCGAUCUUGCUGGGUUAGAUGUGGGUUGGAAAUCUCGAAAGGGGCAAGGUCUUACUGGACCUACGUUGCCUCCAGGGACUCCUGCCCGAAAGCGAGGCAACAGGAGAUAUUGCCCAAUUCCUGAUAUGCUCUGUGAAUCAGGACGAUUUGGCCAGAAGACAGGUGAGGGUUGGUACCAAUAUGACAAGCCAUUGGGUAGGAUUCACAAACCUGAUCCCUGGAUUUCCAAACUUCUGUCACAGUACAGGGAAACCUAUCACAUUGAACCACGUAUCAUUAGCAAGGAUGAGAUUCUUGAGCGCUGCUUAUAUUCGCUCAUUAAUGAAGCAUUCCGUAUCUUGGGAGAUGGGAUAGCUGCCAGCCCAGAGCACAUUGAUGUUAUCUAUUUACAUGGGUAUGGAUGGCCAAGGCACAAGGGUGGGCCCAUGUUCUAUGCUUCCACAGUUGGGUUGCCCACAGUGCUAGAGAAGUUGCAGAAAUACUACAGGCAGAAUCCUGAUAUUCCCCAACUAGAGCCUUGUGACUAUCUGAAAAAAUUGGCUUCCCAAGGAAACCCUCCUCUGAAAGAAUGGCAAAGGUUGGCAGGACCCCCCAGCAGUAAAUUGUGAUUCAGCCUUUCAGGUUAUGCCUCACAGGCUGGCAUCAGGUCAUGCUCACUGAGCAUUAAAUUUAAACCCAAAGGUCCAAAGUAAGAUUGCUCUGAAAUACAAAGCUAAAGAAAUAAUCAGCUAAGCCUCCUCUUUGGGUCUUCUGCCUGAUGAUUCUAAUGGGUCAAAUAUUCAUUAAUGUGCUUCCUAUGCCUCUGAAUCUGUCCCUACCAGAUAAACUAUUCCAAUCCCAACGAAUAAACUCACGUGAAUACCUUUAUAGCUAAGAAGAGAGCCUCAGGAAUAAGUUGAGGUACCCAAAUGCUUUUAUCAUUGGAGAAAUAUGUAAUCAAUUAACAACUGAUAAAAGCAACUAAGUUGUAAAUUAAUUUUGACCCCCUUCAGCCUCACACACAUAGCACUAAUAGGAAAUCUUACGGAUCCUUCAUUCAAUAAACAUUCAUUGUGCCUCCCCUGAGCAUCUUGCACAGCACUUGACAGACCUAGAGCCCAGGCGGGCAUUAAUCCAGCAUGGAUGCCUGUGAUGAAGUUCAGUCCAUAGUCUCAGGCGUGUAAUGGAGAUAGUUGUCAGGGUUGAGUCAGCAGUGAAGGUCAUUGUGAGUGAGCAUGAAAAGCUGCCCAAGGGAAGGCAGAGUGUCAAAGAUAGAACAGAGUUGAAGUUAUAGGCAAGACCCAGUUGGGAAUUGGUGAGGAGCCCUGUACUUCAGACCAGAAUGGGGAACUCAGAGUAGCUUGGCAAGUCAUGCUCAGUAUAUCGCUUCUGUCCAAGGCCCACUCACACAUGUUCACAGUUGUGCUUGCUGCCUGCAAGGGGCUCAGUAAUGUUUGUUGAUAAUUACCUGGAGAUCAGGGGAUGUCCUGGUCUUUCUUUACUCUUCUAUUCAUGGAGAAAUAAUAGUAGUAUGUUGUUGACUUAGUGUAAGAAGGGAUCUUAGAGAACAUCUAACCUCCUCUGAUUCUGUCCUUGAUUUAGAUUCUGUAAUGAUGCCAGUUUUCCUAUCAUGAUAAGCCUUUGUGUUAUUGGGUGUGAAAAUGGUUGCGUCUUGAAAAAUCCAAAAUUAUUAUAAAACAAAUUUUUUAUAAUUUUGUUAUAAUUAUAAGACUUCUCUUUUAAUGUUUUAUGUGGUUGGUUAACAGUUGGGGGGUUGGUCAACACAAAAACUCGUACACAGAUGUUUUCAUCAGAAUUAUUCAUAGUAGCCCCAAAUUGGAAACAAAGUAAAUGUCCAUCACUGAUGGGUAGAUAAACAAAGUGCAGAAUAGCCAUACAAUAGACUAUUCAGCCAUAAAAAGAGAUGAAGUACUGAUACAUGCUACAACAUGAUGGACCUUGAAAAUAUUUUACUAAGUGAAAGAACCCAGUCACAAAGGCCACAUAUUGUAUGGACAUUUAUAUGAAAUGUUCAGAAUAGGCAAAUCUAUAGCAACAGAAAGCAGAUAGAGGUUGCCUAAAGCUGGAAUGAUUGGGGAUGAGAAAUGGGGAGUGACUGCAAAUAGUACAGGAUUUCUUUAUGGGUUAAUGAAAAUGUUCUGAAAUCAUUGUGGUGAUGGUUACAUAAGUCUGUGAAUCUACUAAAAACUAUUGAGUUGUAUACCUUAAAUGGGUUAAUUACAUGGUGUGUAAUUAUAUCUCAAUAAAGAUUUUAAUAAAUAAGUAAAUAAAUGGGCUCAAGUUGUUGGCCUUCAGUGUUGAUGCUGUUUUCAAAAUAUUUUUACCUGUGAAUUCAAACAAAACCAUCAAAAGUUCUGAUAGAGAAGUCUUGAAUGAAUAUACUAUGUUUUUCAUUGUAAAAACAACAAUAAAAAACCAAAACACCCUUAAAGUUUGCCUCGCAUUGCAGCUCAAUUUUGAAUAGUUUUUAAGAUGUAUAUUGCUGGAGUUUAUAUAAAUUGGUUCUUGAAAUUAAAGACAUCAAUAUAAAAGAUUCCUGAAAGUAGUAA